AAUCAAACUGCAUGAACUAUAAAAAACGUCAAUCCUCAUCCCUGCCAUCACAUUUCCGCACCAUCUUCGACCCGGCAAUUAGCGGCUUGCAAUCGCUGUCACAAUGGUUCAGAAAAGCGCCCUGGUUUGCCUUUUUUUUUUUUUUUUUAAAUGGCAAAGGCUAGCUCGUUAGCUCGGUGACCCCUUCUUUCCGUCUUGGCUGGAGCUCAGCGGCCAUCUAGCCAGCCUCCGUCUGGAAAAGGGAUAUCGAAGAGCCGACGCUUGUGUACUCGAAUGGCCACAUUACGCCCACCACGUUGGCGACAAACAUGCACGAAAACCACGAAAGAAGCCAUAUAUCCCAUUCAUAGUAAAUGUAUUGUCGGUACCUGUAAAGCGAAGGAGGGGUUUGGUUGCUAGCGCGCUAGCUGGCUAAUGCUAACGUAUCAGGAACAUUGCAAUUUAGCUAACGACACCGGCCUGCUGCGUAUUGUCACUUUAUGCCAGGAAAAGAUUCAACAACGGCGAAGGCGUUAAUCACGUUAUGGGGGACAUGAAGACCCCAGAUUUUGAUGACCUGUUGGCAGCAUUUGACAUUCCUGAUAUUGAUGCCAAGGAGGCCAUCCAGUCUGCCCCUGAUGAGGCGGAGGGACCCCACGCAGCCACCGGGGCGCCUUUGGGAAAGACUGGCAACGUCGUGGGGUCGUCCAUGAGCCCCUUGGACUCCCAGGGGGACACCCCCAUCGUUAGUGUGAUUGUCAAAAACAAAGUGUGUGUAGAGGCGGCGGGUAGAGAGGCCGCAGACACGAACCAGGAUGCUAUCGAUGUGAUCGCAGGGGUGGACGUGGGUCCCCGUCUUGGAGCGUGUCCCCCCGGGAUGGUGGAAUCUGAUGUUCUCAACCACAAUGGUUUUCGGGUGUCCGCGCCACUCUCUAUUGGCCAGUCUAAUGGCACCCCUUGGACCAUGAAUGCCUCUAAAACGGCGGCGGAAACGUCAGGCAACGGCGCAGCCAAGUCAAAUAAACAAGGAGGAAAUAUUUUUAACAGACUUAAACCACUACUCGGCCCAGGUUCUGGAGACCCUGUGGGACGGGCCAGGAAGAUGCAGCUGUUGCAACAGCAGCAAGAUACAGGACAAGAGAAAGCGGAUGGCAUCAAGGCACCGCUGCCCUCGUCGUCUGCAGGGCUCGCUCCGAAUUACUUCCCACCUGCUAAAACACUUUCUGAACCACCUUCUGCGCUUACUUCACAACCGCUGAACACAACCAAGCCUUUUAACGAGGCCCCCAAAAUGGCUGGGUAUCAACACCAGCAGCUGGAGGAAGAGGACGAGGAUUCCGACACAGAUUUGGACAGUUCGCUCGUGAUCCAGGAGAGUCCAGACUCGCCAGUUUCCAGUCAGAUGAAGCGCGGUUACAAGUCAGACCAGCCUACGUUGUCCACUCCGUCUCAGCCUAAAUCGUUGGAACCUCCCCCGGGGGCGUCACUGACCCUUCAGUUGGGAUCCACUGAGAACUCUCAGCUGGAGGAGAAGCAGUCAGAACACGUGAUAGAGGAGAGGGACUCGCCUGAGAGCCCUGAACCUGAGAUGCCAAAAUCUACUGCUCAGGUGGCAUCCACCAAGAAAUGCUCCAGCCCGGCUUCGGCUUCCACGCCACCUUCUGCUGACCUGAGGGAGCCAAAGGAAGAGGAGGAGGAGAUGGAGGUAGGGAACGGGAUGGACAAAGCGUCAGACGAGAGCACCGAUAAGGCAGAAAAUUCCAGCGAGGAAAAGAUGGAAGUGGACGAAGGCAAGCCUAAAGUUGUACCCACUGAGGGAGAGGAGGCAGGGGUUGUCUCACUGGCUGCUUCGGGGGCUCCCUCACGGCCCCUGAAGGUCCGGAUAAAAACCAUCAAGACCUCCACGGGCGGGAUAACUAGAACGGUCACCAGGGUGGCUCCAAAAGGUGGCGCUGGAGGCAAGGGUCAGGACACUAAAGGAGGCGGGGAGCGCAAGGCGCUGGUGAACAAAACUCAAAAGACUGAAGCGUCCCAGCAGCAGAAAGUCAGCGCUCUUAACACCCUCCCUGUGUCGACACUCGCCGCCAGCAGCGUCAUGCUUGCCGCCGCCACUAAAGUACAAAACAAGAUGGCUGCCUCCGACAAGGCUAAAGUGUCGGUCACUGCCGUUAACAUCACAAAAUCUGCCGCUCUGCCAGCCACGCCUGCCGUGGCGUCCUCUCCCAAGUUCUCGGUCGCUGCCAGUGGGAUCAGCGUGAGGACCGCCACAAAGGGGACUGCCAACGGACCAGGGGGUUGCAACCCCCCAUCCAAUAAGCCCGCCUCCAUUGUAAACAGCACAGGCGCCGUCAUCUCCAGAAGUCAGUCAAGCCUGGUGGAGGCUUUUAACAAGAUCCUCAACAGUAAGAACCUUUUGCCCAGUUACAAACCCGACCUCUCGGCACCGCCGCCCCCAGAGUGGGGUCUCCCGCUCCCAGCCACCGGAUACCGCUGCCUGGAGUGCGGUGACGCCUUCGCACUAGAGCGCAGCCUGGCUCGCCACUACGACCGACGGUCGCUGCGCAUCGAGGUGACGUGUAACCACUGCGCCAAGCGGCUGGCCUUCUUCAACAAGUGCAGCCUGCUGCUGCACGCCCGCGAGCACAAGGAGCGUGGCCUGGUCAUGCAGUGCUCGCAUCUCGUCAUGAGGCCCGUCACCGUAGAGCAGAUGAUUGGGCAGCAGGACGUCACGCCUGUCGGCAGUGUCCUCUCCACUUCGUCGUCCUCUCCCUCCUCCACCGCCGCCACAUCCGGGGCCGCCUCUGCCGGUUCCAGCCCGAUGAAGGACGCGGGGUCCUCCGCCGCGGGGGGUCAGGCUCGCCAGGUGCGGCGCACUCCUCAAGCGCUGAUGCCUCUGCCCUGCAAGAAGGCUGAGAGUCUUCACUACAACAACUACAAAUGUCCUGAGUGCCAAACGCAGUUCUCUAGCAAGGCGGCGCUGGUCACACACUUCCAGCAGAUCCGAGCCGCUCCAAAUUCGACAUGCUCGCAGUGCUCACCUCCCAUGAUGCUGCCCAACUCUUGCGCCGUGUCGGCCCACCAGAGGGUCCACAAACACAAGGCCCCGUAUGUGUGUCCUGAAUGCGGCGGCGUGGCCCGGCAGCCCAGUUUCCAGACACACCUGGAGGAGGCCUGCCUGCACUUUGCUAGGCGCAUCGGUUACAGGUGCUCUAGCUGCCAGGUCGUGUUUGGAGGGUUGAAUUCCAUCAAGUCCCACAUUCAGACGGCUCACUGCGAGGUCUUUCACAAAUGUCCCAGUUGCCCCAUGGCAUUCAAGUCGUCUCCCAGCGCCCAGAGUCACAUCAGCACGCAGCACCCCACGCUCACCGGAGGACAGGCCAAGAUGAUCUAUAAGUGCGUGAUGUGCGACACGGUCUUCACCCAAAAACCCCUACUGUACAUGCACUUCGAUACGCACUUAGCCAAACAGAAAGUGCACGUGUUCAAGUGUCCCGACUGCACCAAGCUGUACGCUCAGAAAGGUUCCAUGAUGGAGCACAUCAAGACGGCGCACAGAGGUCCGUCCGCCAAACAGGAAGCGGCGUCCGAGGCUUCCAGUGCUGCCCCGGCCCCUUCGUCCGCCCUCAAGGCGAAAUCCUCGGCCAAGCCGGACAACUCUGACGGCGAGGACUGGGGGCGGGAUCACGAGGAGGAGGAGGAAGACGACGACGAUGAGGACGACGACGCAGAUGAUGACUACGAGGCGCCGGUAGCAGCGGGCGGCGCCGCCCAUCCCAGCACACAGACCGAGUGGACAUGUCCGCAGUGCCAGAGCACCUUCACAGACAACGAGGACUAUCUCAGUCAUGUCAAGAUGGAGCACGGCAAGUUUCCGUGUCGCAUCUGUGGAGGAAACUUCAGCACAUCGUCCAGCCUCAGGCGUCACGAGAGAGUCAUUCACGAGGGCAACAAACGAGUCUUCCAUUGCCAAUAUUGCACAGAGGGCAAACGUACCUUUGGCAGUCGCUUCUUGCUGGACAAGCACAUUCGGCUCAAGCACAGAGGCACAGAAGCGGCCCCGAUGACAAGAAAGCGUGCAGCCACAGGCGGAGAUGGUCCAGGAAGCUCCUCAGAGCAGGACGGCGAGGGCAUAGCUCCUGGAGGCAGGCCGGCAGACGAGGACGAGAACGCCACGGAGGACGGCGAGGAAGGCAGCGUCCCCGCCAAGAGAACCAGGGUGUCUGCUGCAGAGUUAGAGGAGGAAAGCAACAUUUUCCGUUGCGUGCCGUGCGGCUUCUCCACAGAGGACGGCGCAGAGUUCCAGCGCCACAUCCCACAGCACCGCGCCGACACCGCUUCCUUCCAGUGCCUGCAGUGCGGCGUUUGCUUUGCAUCAGCCGGCUCCAUGGGGCGCCACCGCUUCAUCACUCACCGCGUGAGAGGCAACCAGGGCGAGUGCGACCGUGGUGCACUGCGUGGCUCCCCGGAUGUCUCGCCCUCUGCCGCAGCCUCCUCUCCACAGGGGCUGGAGGACGCAGACGGCAAUCUGAUCUGCAAGGUGUGCGGCCGACGUUUUGACAAGGCCUCGGACCUCAACACCCACUUCCGGACCCAUGGCAUGGCCUUCCUCACCGCACACAAGACGGACAAGCCCCAGUAAAGGUGGGGGCAGACCUUAAUAAAGGUGGUCUACGAAUUUUGCAGGUUUUUAGCCACCAUCGCCGACUUUUAUCAAUGCAUGUUUGACUUCUUUGAGCAAAGCAUUUAUCGCUGCACUAACACGUCUCGUUCACUUGGCUCCCUCAAAAGCGGCGAGCCGUCAGCCUCAAACAAGACUUUGAUGACUGCGCGCCCCUCCCAGCCUCAACCUUCAUCUCGGCACCAUCAGACUGAUUUUGUACUACACUAUUUAUUAUUUAUAUGAAACACUGCUGCUGGGAUCACAUGUGACGUUGGUGUUAUUGAGGGCAGUAGUAAACAAAAGGUCGGUAGUACACGUUUUUUUUAAGUCAUGUAAAUACAUAAUAGCACUACAAAAAAAACAUGGAGUUAGUAACUUAAUAUGAUAAUGUGAAUACGUGUAGUAUUUGUACUUGUACUGUCCCCAACCCUUUUUAUAAAAUCAUUGAAGUGUAAAAGCUCGCCCUCAAGAGGCCACAUGUUGUAAUUACGCUGUCUCAAUACUGUAUGAAGACAAAAACCAAGGACUUUUUUUUAUCUACAGAAUCUAUGCGGUCUGUAAUCACAUUUCUUUUGUAAUGUGUUGUUUCUAUCUUUUUAUAUGUCAUAUAUUUAUAUACAUCAAUAAUAGUCAAACCUCAUGUCAUGUUAUUUCCUUUAUGGUUGUGGUCUGCUUGCAAAAAAAUUUAAAUAAUGCCAUACAUACACCUUUUUGCCGUUUUAAAAUAAAUAUGUGAAAGCGCUU